AGAUGGCUAAUAUGUCAUGCAAUGUUUUUCUACAUUUAUUAGUUUGCGAAAAUUGUAAUGGUGUUAAUGAAUAUACUGAAAAGGGUUGCCCCCAAAAACUUUUUGUGUCACUACCCUCUAAAAACAGGAGCGUUGUACUCAGCUGUAGUUCUAAUCUUCGUGACAUUAGUAUGCGGGAUAGCACUCACCACUCAGGUUGUGCUAAUGAGGAAUUGUACUGCUUGCGGCGGCUACGCGUGGAGGAAUGCCCACAGCUUCAGUGUAUCAGGUGUGAUCUACUGCGUCAUAAUGUUGGUGAUGCACGGCUGGUUGAUAUGGGGAGUACGAAAGAAGAAACCCACAGUUCUGUUGUUGUGGCUGGUAAUAACAAGUAUGUGGUUGAGCCAGACCUUCUUCCUGCUAAUUAUUUUACUCUGCAUUCAUUGUACACAAGUCAACAUCACUGCGUGUAUCCUUGCAUUCACCUUUGGAAUUAUCUCUAUAUGUAAGUCUUAUUAAUAACUUAA